AUGGACGGCCAUGCUGGUUACAACCAAAUUUUCAUAGCCGAGGAAGAUGUCCACAAGACGGCGUUCAGAUGUCCGGGCGCGAUCAUAACCUACGAAUGGGUGGUCAUGCCGUUCGGCCUAAAUCAUGCCGGCGCGACAUACCAACGAGCUAUGAACCUUAUUUUUCAUGACCUUAUUGGCCGGACUGUUGAAGUUUACAUUGACGACGUAGUUGUAAAAUCCCCAUCCAGAGCUGACCACGUAGGCCAUCUCCGGCAGGCUUUCGACCGAAUGCGGGCGUACGGCCUAAAGAUGAACCCAACGAAAUGUGCUUUCGGCGUCACCGCCGGGAAUUUUCUCGGUUUCUUGGUUCACCAACGGGGAAUCGAGGUGGAUAAAAAUAAAGCCAAGGCCAUUAUGGCGGCACCUCCACCAAGGACCAAGAAGGAACUCCAGUCCUUCCUCGGAAAGGCCGAAUACGAGGCACUCAUCAUCGGUCUCGAAAUUCUGAAAGAAAUGAAGGCGACCCGUGUCUUGGUCUAUGGCUCGGUGUUAUUUGAUUUAUCAAAACGAGCUGUAUCGAAAGGGAUCGGACGGCUUAUUGCUCCUGUGUCCCAGCGCCAGAGACAUCAAGGUUAUCAUGACCGAAUCUCACGAGGGGAUUUGCGGCGCUCACAGUCUGGCGUCAAGAUGAGGUGGUUGGUUCGGAGGCACGGCUAUUACUGGCGGACCAUUUUAAAAGAUUGCAUAGAGUAUGUGAAGGGGUGUAUCAAAUGUCAAAUCUACGGCCCCAUACAAAGGGUACUGGCUGAAGCCCUCCACCCGGUUACUAAACCAUGGCCGUUCAGGGGUUGGGCCGUGGAUAUCAUCAGCAAAAUCUAUUCGGCCGCGUCCAACCAACAUGCAUGGAUUUUGGUGGCAACCGACUAUUUUACUAAAUGGGUCGAGGCGGAGUCCUAUCGGUCAAUUUCUAGCGCACAGGUAGUCAAAUUCUUCGAGAAACACAUCGUCCAUAGGUUCGGUAUACCUGAAACUAUCACGGCCGACAACGGCCCAGUUUUCCCAUCGGCCGAGACCCGGGAGUACACCGAAAAAAUGGGGAUCAAAUUGGUUCACUCAACACCUUACUACCCCAAGUCUAACGGACAAGCCGAGGUGAGCAACAAGGUAAUCAAGGGCAUCCUUGAGAAAAUGAUUGAGGAAAAACCUAGGGCAUGGCACGACUUACUCCCUGAAGCCCUUUGGGCUUACCGAGUCUCAAAACGAUCGGCCACGGGCACAUCUCCUUAUGCCUUAACCUACGGUCAUGAUGCCAUCGUUCCAAUGGAGUUAAAGGUUCGGUCUCUCCGUGUGAACGAGCAACCUGGUGAAGAAAGGAAUGACUAUGCACAAGCUAUGGCUCAGGAGUCAGAAGACUUGGAGCAGUCCAGACUCGAUGCUUAUAACCUAAUGCAGGCACAGAAGCAAAUCGCGGCAAGGGCCUGUAACAGAAAGGUCAAGCAAAAGACUUUCGCCAAAGGCGACUUGGUAUGGCGAGCCGUGCUUCCUAUCGGGACUAAGGACCCUCGGUUCGGCAAAUUCUCACCUAACUGGGAGGGGCCGUUUAUUAUUGAACGAAUCCUGGGCCGAGGCGCAUUCCAGUUAAGGGAUAGGGAUGGAGAAUGGCACAACCUACCAAUAAACGGCCAGUAUUUAAAGAAGUAUAACCCGUCAUUAUGGGAGACGGCCGAGAAUGGGUUAUGUGGUUUUGCAAAUGGAGAAUGGCACAACCUACCAAUAAACGGCCAGUAUUUAAAGAAGUAUACCCCGUCAUUAUGGGAGAUGGCCGAGAAUGGGUUAUGA